AUGGUGAAGAUUUGCUGCAUUGGAGCAGGGUAUGUUGGGGGUCCAACAAUGGCAGUGAUAGCACUCAAGUGUCCUUCCAUUGAAGUGGCAGUUGUUGAUAUCUCUGUGUCUCGGAUUAACGCCUGGAACAGUGAUCAGCUUCCCAUCUAUGAGCCAGGCCUCGACGAUGUGGUGAAGCAGUGCCGAGGGAAGAACCUGUUCUUUAGCACGGAGGUGGAGAAACAUGUAUCUGAGGCUGAUAUUGUCUUUGUUUCUGUCAACACCCCAACCAAGACUCGAGGUCUUGGAGCAGGAAAAGCUGCAGAUCUGACAUAUUGGGAGAGUGCUGCCCGCAUGAUUGCGGAUGUGUCAAAAUCCAACAAAAUUGUAGUUGAGAAAUCAACUGUACCGGUCAAGACAGCCGAGGCAAUUGAAAAAAUUCUAACCCACAACAGCAAAGGAAUUAACUUCCAAAUUCUCUCAAAUCCUGAAUUUCUUGCUGAAGGGACUGCAAUCCCAGAUCUCUUUAAUCCUGACAGAGUCCUCAUUGGAGGCAGGGAGACUCCAGAAGGACAGAAGGCAAUCGAAGCACUGAAAGAUGUUUAUGCCCACUGGGUCCCUGAAGAACGAAUCCUCUGCACUAAUUUAUGGUCUGCAGAGCUCUCAAAGCUUGCUGCCAAUGCCUUCUUGGCACAAAGGAUCUCAUCAGUUAAUGCCAUGUCAGCUCUCUGUGAGGCCACUGGGGCAGAUGUUACCGAGGUGUCAUAUGCUGUUGGUAAGGACACUAGGAUUGGUCCCAAGUUCCUGAAUGCUAGUGUUGGUUUUGGUGGGUCUUGCUUCCAGAAGGACAUUCUGAAUCUGGUUUACAUCUGCGAAUGUAAUGGCCUCCCAGAGGUGGCAGAAUACUGGAAGCAAGUCAUCAAGAUCAAUGACUACCAGAAAAGUCGUUUUGUUAACCGCAUUGUUUCCUCUAUGUUCAACACCGUUUCAAACAAGAAAGUAGCCAUCCUAGGAUUUGCCUUUAAGAAGGAUACAGGUGAUACCCGAGAGACCCCGGCCAUUGAUGUUUGCAAGGGGCUCUUGGGUGACAAUGCACGGGUGAGCAUAUAUGAUCCACAAGUCACUGAGGACCAGAUUCAGAGGGACCUUACAAUGAACAAGUUUGACUGGGACCACCCCCUUCACCUCCAGCCAAUGAGUCCUACCGCCGUCAAGCAAGUGAGUGUUGUUUGGGAUGCCUACACGGCAACAAAGGAUGCCCAUGGUGUUUGCAUUCUCACCGAGUGGGAUGAGUUCAAGACUCUUGAUUACCAGAGGAUAUAUGAUAACAUGCAAAAACCAGCUUUCAUAUUUGAUGGUAGGAACAUUGUGAACGUGGAUAAGCUGAGGGAGAUUGGUUUCAUUGUGUACUCAAUUGGCAAGCCGCUGGAUGCCUGGCUAAAGGACAUGCCUGCCGUGGCAUAAAGGCAAUGCUUCCAUCGAGUCACUUGUGUUGGAACAGAAGAACAAUAGUCACAAGGCAGUCAAUUGGAUUCGAUUUUUCUUACUUUUCCCUGUUAGUCAGACAAUAAUUGAUGUUACCAUCUGGGGUAAGGUUUAUGUUUUCCAUUACAUUGAAUUGAUGAUACCACGUGUUGUCUGUUACUUGUUUUGUUAGAGGACCUGAUUCAUUUUUGUUGGUUGAUGAAAACGCUCAUUAUAGUAAGUAUUCUAUUUGAUCUCUCUGGCAAGUGUCGAGUUUGGUGUG